AUGGCCGCCGAGCUUCGCCGGAAGUUGGUUAUCGUCGGUGACGGUGCUUGCGGAAAGACGUGCUUGUUGAUUGUUUUCUCCAAGGGUACCUUCCCAGAGGUCUAUGUCCCUACCGUCUUCGAAAACUACGUUGCCGAUGUCGAGGUUGAUGGAAAGCACGUCGAGCUCGCCCUUUGGGAUACGGCUGGCCAAGAGGAUUACGACCGUCUCCGCCCUCUCUCUUACCCCGACUCCCACGUCAUCUUGAUCUGCUUCGCCAUCGACUCGCCCGAUUCCCUCGACAACGUUGGCGAGAAGUGGUGCUCCGAGGUACACCAUUUCUGUCCCGAUGUUCCCAAGAUCCUUGUUGGUUGCAAGAAGGAUCUCCGUUUCGACCAGAAGACCAUCGAGGAGCUCCGCAAGACCAGCCAGCAGCCCGUGUCUCCUGAACAGCAGGGUCAACAAGUUGCCACCAACAUCAAGGCCACCAAGUAUCUCGAGUGCUCCGCCAAGACCAACGAGGGCGUCCGGGAAGUGUUCGAGUUCGCGACGCGGGCCGCGUUGAUGAAGAAGUCAUCAAAGAAGAAGGGCAAGUGCGUCAUCGCCUAA